AUGGCUGUUUGUCCCCUUGCGCCCGUGUCACUUCUGCAGAAGCUUGGACACAACAACCCCCAAGAUGCUCAGCAGCUUUACUAUGAGCGCGUCAGGCAUCUCCUACAUUGCGAUGUUGAAUCUGAUCCCAUCAGCCGUUUACAGGCCCUCUUACUUAUGACGCAAAGCACGGAGGUAAGAGACGGUGCAAGAGAUUGCUGCUUCUGGUCUGGGACUGCCCUAGCCUAUGCCGAGUCCCUGGACCUCUUGAAAAUGGUGCGUGCUACAACCGAUGGUGAAGACAAGAGAUUUUGGCACCAGCUAUGGUGUUGCUGCCUCGUCAGCGAGACAAUCUUUGCCUUCAGUCGGCGGCGGGCGCCAAAAAUGCGAAUGGAUCUCGAUUGGGAGCAUGUUCUGCCAUCGCCGUUCGACAACCAGAGAUUACCAGUUGCAAGAGUGGAAUCGUCCACAUGCAAUUCCGCCGAUACUACAGCCCAUCAUUCCAUGGAAUCUUUUGGGAAUCUCGUGCACUUAAUGGCUCAUAUCCAUUACAUGCUCUCAAUAAAGCAUGCCGCUCCAUACCCGUCAAGUCAGCACGAUACCGUCGCACAAGGGAGUGGGACGUGCCCUUCCAUGGCUCUCACGAACCCGGAACUGGCAAAUUGUCGCAUUCAAUUGCAGAAGAACGCAACGAUAUUGUCUGAGAAGCUCAGACAUUCACCAGAUGAACAAUCCACGUCGAAUGCGGGACAACGUGCAACAUCUGAGCGCCUUUUCUUGCAGAUGAUCAUGGCAGCUGCAGAUUGCGUGUUUUACUUUGACUCGAGUUGCACACUGCGGUGCCGUCAUACAGCGAAUGAGAGAGUGAAUUGCAGGAAGCUUAGAAAAAAGGCAAUUGAGGCUGCUCAUCAAGUUUCUGAACUAGCCAAAGAUGCGUUGGGCUCACAAUGUCGGUCCUUUAUGCCAGCUUGGAGUCUCCAUUUUCUCUUGCCUCCCGUGACAAUCUUAAUCCUUGAGGCCAAAUCGUCCAAUGGAGAGGCACGCCACCUAGCGGUGCAAAGAUUGAUAUCUUUGACGGGCCUUCUACAGACGCUCGGAAAGAGAUUUACAGCCGUGCAGCGGGCUGUGACACUGCUAGAAGCUGCUAGCAAGAGUGCUGGCAGCCCUCUACAAACACCUGGAAUCCCUCCACGAUAUCUCUUUCCCACUCACCUGGAGUCGCUUGGCUCAGGCAUUGCAGACGCAAACCGGUCAGGUCCAGUCAAGGCGAUAGGCGGCGAACAAUUCAGCCCCAACAAUUUUGAAUGGACUCGAGCCAGUGUUUCGACACAACCAGCAGUAACGGAAAGCCCAGUACGAAAGACCGCUGGCCAGGACAUCGAAGGGCUCUCAUCGGGGUAUUUCUUCGAACUCGAGGAGCGCUAUGACGAGCAACUCAACGCCGCCGCAGGGGACGCCGUAUUCGGAAGUUGGUCGUCCUCUUCGUCGUCUGACCCUUACAUUCAGCAGUGUCUCCAGCCGACCUUUAGAGAAUUUACCGCACCCGACGACAUCACAUCACCUUGGCUAGGGGAAUGGGAAGACAUUUUGCAGAGUUAG